AUGUUCGAACACGAGUUGCAUGUACAUGAAGUUGCUCACAUUGUGUCAUUCCUUCCGAUAGAUGAAAUAAUUAAGUGCAGGAGAGUGAAUAAUGUGUGGAAGAGAGGUGUUCAUUCCAAUCAAGUUUUCUGGAAGAUGAUGUAUUGUGAUUAUUAUAGGAUUGAUCAAUAUUAUACACUUACUAAUGAUAAUAAUUGUUGUUGGUUAUCUAAAUUAUUGGAAAUUACUUGGAAAAUUCCUAAAAAACAAAAUGAUGCCAAAGAUCAACCAUAUGAAGUUAAUAGUUUGGAGAUUGCAGAUAAUUAUCAAUCAUUCUUUAAACAGGAAGAUGAUAGAGAAGAUUAUUAUUGUACAAAUACUCUGCUUUUAGAAGCAAAUAGAGCAUCUUUUAAAUUUAGAAAGGAAAUUCCAUUGAAUGUAGAGGAUAUAUUGGAUCAUUACAUUAUCACUAUUGUAUAUGAUUCAUUGACAGUUUCUGGAUACACUCCUAAUUUAUUUAUUGACAAAGUGAAAGCUGAGCUUUGUGAAAAUAGGUUAGGUAUCGAAAUGACAACAGAAAUACCUCUAUUGACAUUCCUUUCUUGUGUUUUGAAAGCUGAUAAUUAUGCAGACAAUUUUUCCAAGUUAUCUCAAUAUUUAAUGCCACAUGAAACUGUAAUUCAAUAUGAUAUUGGUUUGAAUGUUGAAAAUUUCACACCAAUGAUAUCUCCUUUUGAAUUAAUUGAAGUAUUGAAUGUCAAUGAUGUAAAAUUAUCAGAUAGACAUGAGCCACUUUAUUUGUCAAAUCUUGAAGGAUAUAUAUUUCCUUCAUAUUAUAAUGCUGGUGGAGGAUAUACGGACAACUUAGACCUUAAGGUAAUAGUUGAUGAUUCAGAUAGAAGAAUUGUAAAUAUUGAAAGAACAUGUCGUAGAGAUUACUAUUAA